CAUACCAAAAAAAAAGAAAAAAAUCUCUCUCUCAUUAGUCGUCACUGAGACAGAAUCCCUUAGAGAGAGAAACUGAGCAUUAUUUCCAUUUCGUCUCUGCAACUCAGCGGCGUCCUUCUUCUUCUUCUUCUUCUUCUCCCGCUCUCUCUGCAAAACCCUUGUCCGAUUCUUUUCCCUCUCUCUCUCUCUCUCUCUCUCUCUGUUUUUCGCGUUGCUGCUUGAGAUGUCGAAGGACGGAGCGUUCGAUCUUGCCUCAGGUGUCGGCGGGAAGAUGAGCAAAGCCGAUGUCAUAUGCGCCGUUGAAAAGUACGAGAAAUAUCAUGGCUUCUAUGGGGGCGAAAAGGAGGAGAGAGAAGCCAACUACACCGACAUGGUCAAUAAAUACUAUGAUUUAGUGACCAGCUUUUAUGAGUUCGGUUGGGGAGAGUGCUUCCAUUUUGCUCCUAGAUUGACUGGUGAGUCUUUUCGGGAGAGCAUUAAGAGGCACGAGCACUUCCUUGCUUUACAGUUGGGUUUGAAGCCUGGACAGAAGGUUUUGGAUGUUGGAUGUGGUAUAGGCGGCCCACUGAGAGAGAUUGCAAGAUUCAGCUAUACUUCAAUUACUGGGCUGAACAACAAUAGCUAUCAGAUUACUAGAGGAGAGGAACUGAAUCGCAUUGCAAAAUUGGAUAAGACUUGCAACUUUGUCAAGGGCGACUUUAUGAAAAUGCCGUUUGAGGAUAAUACAUUUGAUGCAAUAUAUGCAAUCGAAGCCACUUGUCAUGCACCAGAUGCGUAUGGCUGCUUCAAGGAGAUCUACAGAGUACUUAAGCCUGGCCAACAUUUUGCUGCUUAUGAAUGGUGUUUGACCAACUCGUUCAAUCCCAAUAACCAAGAUCACCAAAGAAUAAAGGCUGAAAUUGAGAUUGGCAGUGGGCUUCCAGAUAUCAAGACGAUAGGAAAAUGCCUGGAAGCUUUGAAAGAAGCAGGUUUCGAGGUCAUCUGGGGAAAAGAUCUUGCUGAAGAUUCACCCGUUCCUUGGUACUUACCUUUAGAUGGCGGUCAGUUCUCAAUCACCAACUUCCGCGCUACAGCAAUAGGGCGUUGCGUGACAAAAUAUAUGGUUAGAGCAUUGGAGUACAUCCGCCUCGCCCCUAAGGGUAGUGAAAGAGUUCAAAAUUUUUUGGAGCAGGCAGCCCAAGGGCUGGUUGAAGGUGGAAAGAAAGAGGUGAUGACACCUAUGUACUUCUUCCUGGUGCGAAAACCACUUUCGAGUGGGGAGUAAAAACGAGAUUGGUAGGUGUAAUUUGUUGCUGCUAUGGUAAUAUAUUAUGACCCUAAUGUAUUUACAUUUGUUCUUGGCUCAAAAACUACUCGAUACUUUGGCCUUUUUUUUU